AUUUCUCACUUUACGUUAUUAACAAAAACUCUUAGUUCCGAAAUUUCAGAUGACAUUUGAAGUAUACCCCGUGUGCUCUCGGCGUGAUUGACACUUUUUCGGGUUGCUUUGUGCGUUGAUAUCUGGUGGCUCGCUGCCGCAAACUCCUCAGAAAAGAAGACAAAGCCAGGUCCACAUUAACAGCGAAGCUCCCACAUCAGUUUAUGCUUGUAAAAGUGUGAAACAGCCACGUAUCGACAGAGCAAAUGUUAGCUUUGGGCUAGCCAGUGAGUGCUAGCUACGGCUAACUAGUUGAGCAGCGGUCAGUGCAUGGCUACGCAGAGACAAGUUUUGAUUCUCCCACACAGACUCUUGACAUGGGGAGUAAAAUGUCCUUCAGCAGAAGAAGCAGUGACCAAAAUACAGAGUCUGAGUUAACCUCUGUGACACCCCAUCCUCGCAGUUCGAUUCAUGCUCCUUCAGACUGCAAGCAGAUACCUGAAGAUACAGGAUGCAGUGAGGAGGACCUGGACUACAGGUGGGGAGAGGACAUGAAAGCAACAGAACUGACCAAAACUGCCCCUGAAUCCCACUCAUCAACGCCCCUGGAGUCUGACGGCUACAUUAACUCUGAAACAAGAGGCAGAACAAAUAGUCAACAGAGUGAGCACCUGUCGUCACAGGUAGGGAUGGAAGCAACACCUCAAAUAACACCUGCCAGUGUGUGCAGCUCUACAACAGGUAGGCGGCGCCUCAGAAAACGUGGGCGCCCUCAAAAAGAACAACCAUUGUUAACUGAAGACAAAAAAGAUCCAGAUACUGCCGGUCCUGAUGCAGUUCAGCAUAUGGAGAUAAGCACAACAACAUCUUUGACAGCAUGUGUAGAAAACCAUAACAGUGAUGAUGUACCUAAUACCAUAGAUGGUCCUUUAAUCAAGAAUUCAGAUCCUCACACUGUUUCUGAUGAUAAAGAAGAAGAUGGUGUUCCUGUAUUACCAAAAAGAAAAAGAGGACGGCCCAAAAAAUCAGAAAUUGCUGCUUUAAAAAACAUGGUUCCUGUCACUGUCAGUGUACCUGCUGGUCCUGCUCAUACUAAUAAUUUUAGUGGUCCUUCACAGAGACUGAGGAGUAGAGGAGGGCAACAUCUUUUAACACAAGAUGAAAAGACUCAUUCUGAAAGUAUGGUAGACCCCAAGCAAACUGAACUGAUUCGUACAGAAAGUAGUACAACAUCCAACUUUCAAAGGGUUAAAAGAAGAAGACCUAAACUGGCUGAUCAGCAAGUUCCAGCUAUAGUGUCCAGACUGGACAGUUCCCAUGAGGCCACACCAGGGUUGUGCAAUGACACAGACUGUGUGGAGAGCGCAGAGACACAUAAGCAGGUGGAACUGAACACUAAAAAACAGGAGACUGAUUCAGAUGAAAAGGGAGUUCAACUCUCACUGCAGUAUGGAGAAGUCCAAGAGCAACAGACAGAACCUAAGGAAGCUCAAUUGCCACAAACAAAACUGUGUUCUCUACCAGCAGCUGAGCCUGACAUUACUCCUCCAGAGAGUCUGAAUAAUCUAAAUGUGGUAAGCCCUACUCAAAGUGAUGACCCCACAAUAAAACAGAUGGUGGCCAUGAAUGGCAAUGAAGAGUCACAAUCAGAAACUGGCCUUGACACCUCCAAGGAUGCAAAUUUGCCCCAAAAUACAGAGUCAUCGACCACAGAGGUCAUAUUGCCCUCUGAAGAAACACGUAAACCUGCUGGGAUACCCCCUGCUGUUAAAACAGAGAAUAUAGAUAUAGAGCUGGAUUGUUUAAAUCAGAUUUCAAAUUUGUCAGAGGCAAAUAGUCCCAAAUCUUUACAAUGCAGUGCCAACACCACAGUUAAAUCGGAGGGUCCAAACAGCCAGCAAAACACUUUCAGGCGUAAGAGAGGCGGCAAAAGGAAGAGGAGAAUAAGCAGUGUUUUGAUACAGAAAGAGCAACUGGUAGAAGGCCAGGAAGGCAGCACUGACACUCAACAAAAAGCAGACUGUGGUGACAUGGCUGAGGAGGCCAGCACAAAUUUCAUCUACACUAAAAAAGGAGGAAAAACUCUGCUGAAAUGUGGUUACUGCAGCCGAACAUUUAAAUUUCUGUCUCAAUUCAUCAUCCAUCAACGGAUUCAUACAGGAGAAAGACCUUUCAAAUGUUCAGAAUGUGGCAAAGGUUUUAGCAAAAACUCAAACUUAAAUCUUCAUCUUAAAACACACAGAAAGAGCAACAUGUAUCAAAAAUGUACAUUUUGCAAGAUCAAAUUCUCCUGCUCUGAGUAUGUGUCUCAUAUGAAGCUUCAUACCCGUGAGCCAGACCAGGACUCGGAGAAUAACAAAUGUGAAAAACGGAGCAGAACCAACAACCGUGAAACCAGUCAGGGACUUCAUACACCAGUUUCUCCAGAAAAGAGAGAAAGAAAAGUGUGUCAGUACUGUGGUAAAACAUUCCCAUUCCAGUCUGCUCUCAUAAGACAUGUGCGUGUCCACACGGGGGAGAAGCCUUAUAAAUGUGAUAUAUGUGGCAAAGCCUUUGGUCAGGCCUAUUUCCUGCGUGUUCAUGAGCUGACACACUGGUCUGUGAAGCGCUACACCUGCACACGUUGUGAGAAAUCAUUCACUCAUUAUAGCAAUGCAAAAAAUCACACAUGUAGACCUACGGGAAGUGAUGACGAGCCUCAACCCAACAGAAGCGUAAAGCCUUCACUAACAUACACGUGCCACAUCUGCAAGAAUGUCUGUAAUCAUCUGCAGGAGUUCAACAGUCACAUGAGAGCCCACACCGGUGCUAAGCUUUAUCGCUGCUUGUAUUGUGAUAAGCUCUUUGGUGUGCUCUCUGAAUUUGAUGCCCAUCGCAAUCAGUGUAGAGGAGAGAAAAAGCCCUCCAGCUCUGCAGUAGAGGAGGAAAAGACAAUGUCUUUAAUACAGUACACAGUACCUGCUCUUCGGUAUUCACUGGGACACAAUUCAUCUUCUCUCACAGCUGCAAACUGUGAAACACAGAAAAAACAAUCACAGACAAGAUCCAAGAGACACUUUGCCAAGACACCAUUCCAGUCAACAGUCAUACCGGCUCACUACCUCGUUUCAGCGUUAAACAAACUAGAUAACAGAUCCGACCCCAGGAAAUAUCUAUGUCCAAGCUGUGGGCGACUGUUCAGACACAUGGGCAGACUGCGGGCCCACAUGCUCACUCACGCCCCAGGUCAAAGUUACACAUGUGCCUGUUGUGGUAAGACACUGGAAAACUGGAAAAAACUGUGGCAUCACCAGAGAAUCCACCGACAGCGGCAUGGCCGCUUCACUUGUCGUCAGUGCGGCCAAGGCUUUCGAUUUGUGGAGCCUUACAAAAAACACAUGAGUGAGCACCCAGAGUUCCAGUGGGUUCAGGUCAGGCCUAAGAAGGUGUUUCUGCCUUAUCAGUGUGAGCAGUGCAGAUGCAGCUUUAAGACUCUAGAUUUGCUGUUCAGUCAUCAGUUCUGCCAUUCCUCCAUGCAAGACACGCACAAGGACUCUGAUUUUGAUUUAUCCAUAGAUGAUCAUAAUACACAGUCUAACAAGAAAAUGGUUAGCCCCCCCACAAACAACCAUAUUGCAACGUUACAUCAAGGACCAGAGGAACAGAACUCUCCACUGAGCCCUGUAACCAUAUAUCCAGACCCAGUUCCCCAACAGUCGCCUUUAUCACCCAUGAUUUCCUUAGUCCAAAAUCAGGGGCUUUGUUUGGGGAAAACUUCCCUGCAUCCCAGCAGCACAGUUUCGAUGCAAGAUGGGGAAACCAGUUAUGAAAGAGCACGCAGACGUCUACUGGGAAACCCAAUCACACAUUUGAGAACUGUGAAAAGACACCCAACCCAAAAUGUGAGCAUAUCGACUGAAGGGUCUUCAGAUGGAGUUAAGUGUGCUUUGUGUGGUGAUACCUAUCAUGCCAUUUCUGACCUGUAUCACCAUUAUUUGCAGCAUGCUAGAGGCCAGGUGUAAGAACCUUACCAGAGAUAUGGCACCCUUCUACUGUAUAUGUACAUCAAGGUGUUUUCAGUGUUUAACACAGAGUCCUAGAUUAGAAAUGAUUGAAACAUUUUCUGUUUAACGCCUGGAGAAGUUAGAAAAAAAUUUGGAAAUUAUAUUCAACCGCUAGUCAGUUUAAAAAUUUUGAAGAUAAACAUUGAAUGUCCAAACUAAUGGACUUUUUUCCUUUCAUGACGUUUGUUAGGCAGGGCGGGGUAGAAGCCACUAACCUGCUACGGCAGUUUGGUCAGUCAUAAGAAACAGAGACAAUUUAAAAUGUGAAACAAGAUGAUUAUGAACAACUAGUCUGUGAACUGCAAGUCUGUGUUCAGGAGAUGUCCCAAAUGUUUUGUACAUUGUGUAAUAAUGCUUAACCAGAAGCAGCCCUGGAAUAAUAUAAUUGACUAUAAAAACUGUGCAUUUGAACACAAAUUAGACUGUAUGUAAAUGACAGAUCAUAGGAAAUCAGAGUUUGAAUAACAAAUAUUAAAGAGCCCAUGGGGUGCUUUUCCUUGUUUUCUGACUUAUCUACAAUGUUACAGUGGUGAAAUUAUCAUCUUAGACAUGUUCUAGUUUUUCAAUACAGAAGCAACUUGCUGGAAAUGAGCAAUAUGAGCAUGCCAUGGGCUCUUUAAGUGAAAUAGCCACUGAAACAUUUUUAUCCCUGAUUCAUUCUUGUUGCUGUGUAUCUUUUUCUAAUUUAUACCAGGAGAGGUAUGUAAUCCAUCUAGUGUGGGGCGAUAUCAGUAAUUGAUCAGAGGGUUGGAGGUGACACUGAGUAAAUUCAUAAACAGGUUUUAUUCAGCAAACCUGAAAAAUUGCAGCAGUAUUAUCAAGAUUUUAUAUAUUUAAUGUGCAGGUUUUCUCAAUAUGUUGUCCAUUGAUUAGUAUGACCAGUUAGGUGAAUAGUAGCUGUAUAGUUUUGCAAACAGUCUCACCUCAUCAUGAUGCAUUCAUUUACUUCAGAUCAUGAUCUAAUCUUGAUUUACAGCAGCUGCUCAGUGUAGGGCUGACUUCAAAUUUGUUUUCUUCUGGUCUGCAAAGAUAUACAUCUGCAUUUUCUGUUUACUUUUGUAAUGCUCAUGUUUGUCAGUGAAUUGUCUUUAUCUUGGACUUGUAAAAUAAUGAUUGAAAUCAAGUGAGACUAAAUUGUUUGAAUAUUACUGACAAACAUUCCACAGCUGCUGUAUACCGAGUAAGUUUAGUUGAGCAUCCAUUACUGUUCAAUGCUGUGGAAAUACUACAUGUUUCGAUGCCAAACACAAUUUUAUUGGAAUCAUCCAUCCAUCCGUCCGUUAUAUAUACUGCUUGUCCUGCAGAUUGUCGUUCGGGCUGGAGGCUAUCCUAGCUGACAAUGGACAAGAGGCAGGGUACACCCUAGAGAGGUCGCCAGUCUAUCACACUUAGAGACAGACGACCACACACACUCACU